CACGGAAGGCGCCCGAAAACGCGUCGGAAAAAGGCAUCGGGGGCAGCGCGCGUUCGUGUCGCCCAUUGUUAUCCUCGUCGCGUGUAAUGGCUACCGUAGAGUUUGUUGACGGUGUUCGGUCUGCUUGUUCGUGCAUCGGCCUAUCCUGAGCCACGGUACGCGCCGACGUGGCCCAACCUUACGGAAAUAAAAUCGAGAAGAGCUUUACGCCAAGGUACCGCCAAUUUUAUGCAACCGAGAAACCCGCGCUUCGUAUACCAGUCGCCGCAACCGCCACCGCGCUUGGACGACAUGAUCUGCGCGGGUCAACGCUGUUCGUUGACAAGCGUGUAACUCAAAACUGAUUUCACGGCAUCCUGAAGAGGAAAUAUUGUAACGGCGUUGUGUUUAGUGUUAAUUUUAGCAGGAUCUAACGUACUAAAAAAGUGUAUCAAAGCUCUAAAUCGAUCGCCAUUGAUUUUCCGCCACGACCACGGCCCUACCGACACGAGGAACUUGUUCUCGGAUGUUGUAUAGGACGAAAUAUUUAAAUCAUUUAUUAAAGUAUCACGAUCAUCAGGAUUAGUGUGACCAGCUGCGCGGCAUUCCGCGCCGCAGUCAUGGCAACUAGAAGACCAUCCGUUUGGCACCCAGGCAUGUAACCCGCGGCGCCCGUGUAGACUAUCACAUGGUCAAAGGCAACACAUCAAUGGCCCUAGAAUCAAAUGGCAACAACGUGGUGUGGUUGAACACAACCCGUCCUGAUCAAAUACAACAGAGCCAACCAAUCGAGCAGCCAGUGAAGUGUUCCAUGUUUACUCAAACCGAGCAAACCAAUAGUUUUACUCAGACGGAGCAGAGCAAUUCAAGCUACGGCGAUCAGAGACAGCAGCAAGCAGCCAUGUUUGAUCCACAACAAAUACAGCAGCAACAAGCUGCUCAAGGUCAACAAUCGCAGCAGCAACAAUCUCAACAGAUGUAUGUUACGACAGACAAGAAAGAGGACAAAUCCCAGCAGCAAUCAGCAACUGCGGACUUCCCUUUCUAUUACAAUGUCAACAUGCUUCAAAAGGUUCAAACAAAUGCGGUGAGCACAAUUGGUGCGAUCACAACUGACGACAAGGGUUGUUAUCGUUUUGAUGUGCAACCUGUCGGUUAUAACACAUUAUUGAAUCAGAUGAGUAUUGCGGCUGCUACCAAUGCGACCUUCAAAUGUGACAUUUGUGGUUUGGUCUUUGGACAUAUGAGUUUGCUGAAUCAUCACAAACGGAUUCAUAAUACAACACCUAGUAAUCUUCAACAACAACCACAACAAGUUGUUGUACAAACACCUACAACAGUUACUGUUGCAACUACACCAGAAAGACCAUAUACCUGUGAUGUGUGUGGAGCUUGUUUUGCAUUACCAGGAGAAUUAAAGAGCCAUAAGACAAAUAUGCACCAAAAGCCAAAAGUGCAAAUUUGCGAAGAUUGUGGCAGUGAAGACCCCUGUGAACAUCAUCCUACAAAAAUUAAAAAAACUAUCAAGCCUGGUCAUCAUCCUGUGAAACGAAGGGGUGUUACCAGUGUAACUAAAUGCCAUAAAUGUAAUGGCACAGGAAUAAUUUUUAUUGGUAAACACGACGAAAAACUAGAUUCUGGAAUCAGUUCCCUCGCAAAGUGUGGCGGCUGCAAGGCAACAGGCCGCAUCAUCAUAGGAAGUGGUAAACAGAACAGUCAAAAUCAAGCAGAGAAGCCAUUUCAUUGUAAUGUGUGUGAUGGAACAUUCUCCAGAUAUUCGUCACUUUGGUCCCAUAAGAGACUCCAUUCUGGAGAUAAACCAUUCAAGUGUGAAGUUUGUGGUUUGGCUUUUGCAAAAGCUGCCUAUCUAAAAAAUCAUGGACGAGUGCAUACUGGUGAAAAACCAUUCAAAUGUAGUGUUUGUGGUAUGCAGUUCUCGCAAAGUCCUCAUUUAAAGAAUCAUGAAAGAAUUCAUUCUGGUGAACGUCCUUAUCAGUGUGAAGUGUGUGAAAAAACAUUCGCCAGACAUUCAACUCUUUGGAAUCAUAGAAGAAUUCAUACCGGUGAAAAACCUUAUAGAUGUAAUAUAUGUGGUUCGGCCUUUAAUCAAGCUACACAUCUGAAAAAUCAUGCAAAAGUUCAUACUGGUGAAAAACCACACAGAUGUGAUAUAUGUGAGAUUGGAUUUUCCGACCGCUUUGCAUUAAAGCGUCAUCGUGCAAUUCAUGAAAAGUACGGUCAAACUGCUCGAAAUCAGAAUGCGAAUAAUCCAAGUAACGCACAGCAAGCGAAUGCGAGUAAUCAGCAGCAACAACAACAGCAACAACAGCAGCCCCAACAAGCUCAGCAAGGUCAACAGGUUGUUGUAGUGAAUGCCACAACUCCUGUUACAGUGAGUCAAGGUCAAGGGCAAGCGGUAAUGCUCGAAGAAGUCUACAAGUGUCAGGUGACCUUCCCAGAGCCUAAAUGAUUCAGCUAGAGAAUACCUUUCAGGAGCUGGUAAAGGGGUUAAUUUUUUAACCUUUUUAAACAAACAAAAUACUAAUUAACAUGAGAAUGCGAUACGUACAAACGUAUGUAAAAAAAAAAAAUAACAUAAAAGGAAAUGUGGAGAACAUUCAGGAAGAUGCAAGUUUCUGGAGUGACUGGCAGCACAUUUUCUGUGUAGAUUCUGUGGGAAGAUUAUUUGGUGACAGUCGGGUAUAUCUUAAAAAAAAAACGCAUGAAAAAGGGUAUCAUAAAAAGCAAAAAAAAAAAAAAAGUAAAGACUCAGCGAUAAUUUGCGCGAGUGAAUAAUUUUCGUAGGGCGUGACUAGGAAGAGUACGGCUCGUAAAAAAUCGGAACACUCUUCUGACCACCUUAAUAGCGAAAAAAAAUAUUUUGUGAAUGAAUACGAGACCAUAUUAAAGGAAAAAAUGAAGUAAUGAAAAAAAGAAAAGUAAUAAAUCUACUUUAUAUUUUCUCACUUGAGAUAGACACAUUACUUAGAAACAUUAACAUCGGAAUAAAUAGCAAAUUUCUUGAUUUUAAUGAUAAUAUAGUUUUUUUCUUCCAGUAAUUUGCAAACGUCGAAUUGCAAGCUAAUUUUUGUUUCUUUUUCUUAUAUUUUUUGGAAUCUAUCCUCGCUCUAAAGAAAGUUUAAUAAUAAUAAAAAAAAAAAAUUAUAAUGCAAUUAUCUAAGAUUUUAUGAUUCAUUGAAUAAUAAAAAUUGUAUGUGAUAGAAUGAAACUUGGCUAGACAGGAAGCAGCAGAAACUUGAUCAUUCUAAUUCUGAUAAAUUAUGCAUACUAUGCAUAUUUAUCAAUGACGUAGAUAAAUGUCAAUUUCAAGAACGAAUCUAAAAAUACAGGUAUUAAUAAGAUUAAAUAAAAAAAAAAAAGAAAAAGUCUUAUUUCAAAAGCCUGAACCUCGGCCCUUGCUUCUUAAAAUUUCACUAAAAAAAAAAAAGAAAGAAAGAAAGAAAGAAAGAAAGAAAAUUAGAUAUUAAAUUAUCUCGUUUCUUUUUAUCAAUUGAAAUUAAAAAUUGCAAAAAACAAAAAGUUAAAAAUUAAAAAAGAAAAUGAUAUGUAAAUUUUCAUCAAGAGAUAUAAUUAGUCAUUUUUACAUGUAUCUUUAUUUUUUGAAAUGGCAGUCGUGGUACGGAACGAUAUCGCGAUUUGAGCGAGCCCUCUUCCGUCCAGUCAUUCGGGAUCACAAUAAAAGAAUAAUUAUUGCGUUAUUGCAAUAACAACGACCACGAUUUAAAAAAAAAAAAAAAAUAAGAAAAGAAUGAAUGACGACAAAAGUAACACAAGAAAAAAAAAUUUCUAUCUCACACGGAGCUGCAAUAAAUAAUAGUGAAUAUCGACGGGCAGACUAAUCUGUUUUAUAAUUUUAAGGCCGUGAACUAUAAUGGAUAUCAGUUACUAAAAUAGUUGCUAGUUUGUAACGGCAAAAUAGCUGGCUAGAGAUUAUCUAUACAAUAUAUACAUAAUUAAUUUUUAUAUCCCCAUUUGUUAAGAGCGAUGGCCAAACCCCGUCGCUGCGAAUUCUUAAAAUAGCAGUGAAUCAGAAAUCGAUUCGAUUGAUUGUAACUUAAAAAAAGAAAUAUCGGCGGUUUUCCACAGCUCCGACUGGUCGGUAACUUGUGGUACCGGCGAUGAUUAGGAUAACACUUAUGCCAUUUUG